AGGAGAAUCAGAUGGAUCCUCGGAAACCUCGACAGGAUCCAGUCAAUGAUGCUCGUUUUUACGAAUCCCUCAUUAAACCACCGCAUUUAAGGACACCAGAUGAUAUUCGAAAUGUAUACGAGCAAUUGCGGCAGCUCGACACCUUCAGUAAUUUGUUUAUAGGUCCAUUGAAAGCUCUCUGUAAAACUGCUCGAUAUGAAAGGCAUCCAGCACAAUAUAUUCUUUUUCGGGAUGGAGAUGUCGCACGAAGCUGGUACAUUCUACUAUCAGGAUCAGUUUUUAUUGAAAAUCAAAUCUACAUGCCUUACGGGUGCUUUGGCAAGCGAACAGGACAAAAUCAUCGAAGGACUCAUAAUUGUCUGCUGUUACAAGAAUCUGAAAUGAUUGUGAUUGACUAUCCAACGGAACCCCAAUCGAAUGGAAUGUCACCACGAACACCUCCUCGAGGAAUUCAUCAUUCAGGAGAACCAGUUCAUCAGAAAACUCCUAGAAAAUCGGCACCAAAUAUGUCAGUUGAUUCAAUUGCAAUGCCGCCACCUCCAGUUCCACCUCGUCCUCUACGUCUUCCACAAACUGCAGCUAAAGGCCCAGCUCCUCUGCCGCCACGUGGUUUACCUAGAACAUAUCCAUUGGAUUUUCCUGUAGAUAUUCCAACAACGUCAUCAUCAUCAUCAAACACUUCAUAUAAUGAUCAACAUCGUAGUCAAGUAUAUUUGAAUGGAUUAUCCGCUGAUGAAGAUACUCUUGUUCGAGUGAAGCAUAGAAGAGAGAAAAGCAAUUCAGUUGGAGGACAAGCCCAGAAUGGAAUUUCAACUGCUCGGAGGCUUCGAGGAAGAAGCACAGCAUCAUCUACAACUACUGAAGGUGAAACAGCUUCCAACGAAGGAGCAGAUUCAGACGAAGAUGAAGGGAGUAUGCCUUCACAAGAAUCAAGUAGUGGAGGAUUCAUGGAUCUGCGAGAUUCUGUCCGAGAAUGUCUUGAAAAGGAACCUUCAGAACGAAAUUCAGAAGAUCUUGCAGUUUUACUCGAUUUCAUGCAACAUAUGUCCGCAUUUGCCGCUUUGCCGAUGUCAAUAAAACGUCAGUUAUGCUUGAAAAUGGUUUUUGCGGUAGUAAACGAUGCGGGUACGGUAGUUCUUGCUCACAACGAGAAACUCGAUUCAUGGUCUGUAAUAGUGAAUGGAUGUGUAGAAGUUGUAAAACCAUCUGGUGAGCGUGUUGAAUACAAGCUCGGAGAUUCAUUUGGUGCAGAACCAACACCUGCAACACAAAUUCAUAUCGGUGAAAUGAGAACAAUGGUGGAUGAUUGUGAAUUCGUACUUGUUGAACAUCGAGAUUUUUGUUCAAUUAUGUCGACAAUUGGUGAUCAUAUUGAAAAAGAUCGAGACGGUUUGACAGGAGAAGUUGUGUCAGAAGUUGAACGAAGGACUGUUGGAACUCAUUGUGGACAAGUGCUUAUCAAAGGAAAACCAGACAAAUUAAUACACCAUUUAGUGGAUGAACGAGAUCAUAAUGUUGAUCCACACUAUGUCGACGAUUUUCUAUUGACCUAUCGAGUUUUCAUAAGAGAUCCAACUACGAUUUUCGAGAAAUUGAUGCUCUGGUUUGCCGAUUCUAUAUAUCGAGAUAAAGUUGCAAGAUUGGUUCUUCUAUGGGUUAAUAAUCAUUUUAAUGAUUUCGAGACGAACGAUGAGAUGUGGAAUCUAUUAGAACGUUUUGAAGGAGCAUUAGAAAGAGAUGGAAUGCAUUCUCAACUAUCUUUAUUGAAUAUUGCAUGUUCUGUAAAAGCAAAACCUCGACAAGUGAUAUUAACAAGGAGAAAAGAUGACAAAAUGAUGAUGAGAUUAGUUGGAGGUCAAGAAUCAGGCAACUCUGUAUACGUGGCCGAAGUCUUCCCAGAUACGUCAGCAGCGAGAGAAGGUGUGAAGAGAGCUGAUGAAAUGUUAGAAGUGAAUCAACAAUCAGCUAAAUAUUUAUCAGCCAAAAAAGCGGAAGAUCUACUAACGGGGUCUCUGUCAUUAACUUUGAUGCUCAAAAAUAAUGUUCUUGGGUACAAGGAGACAAUUGGAAAAAUUGAACAUAAUAAGCCUAAAAAUGGAACAUCAAGAUCUGGUGCCGGAAUUCCAAUGGUAAUUCCAGUUCACAAAACUUCAAUAACUGGAAAGAAAUCAUCGACGACAAGUAGCAAAUCGGGUAUGAUGGAAAAAUUGAUGACAAUAUUGAAAUCAUCAAAAGAAGAUUCAAUGGAUUUCACUGAUGAAGCUAAGAUAUCAUCAGCCGAUCUUCGUCCAAGUCGAUCCAAUCCUGAUAUCACUAGCAUAUCACAGUACUACGGACCAGUACGAAGCGAAUGUCCUGAACACGUUCUGAAGAUUUAUCGAAAUGAUCAGACAUUCAAAUAUCUGCCAGUUUACAAAGAAACGUCUGCUCAGAAUGUUGUACAACUGGCAUUGCAAGAGUUUAAUAUGACAGCAGAAGGAAGUCCAGAAUGGUCACUUUGUGAAUGUACUGUUACGAUUGAUGGAGUUAUAAAACAGAGAAGGUUACCACCACAAAUGGAAAAUUUGGCUGAAAGAAUAGCUUUGAAUUCGAGAUAUUAUCUGAAAAACAAUAGUCGAUCUGAACCUCUUGUACCUGAUGAAUUGGCUCCCGAACUUUUGAAAGAGGCCCAAACUCAACUGCUCAGUUUAAAUGCUCAAGUCGUUGCUGCUCAACUAACUUUGCAAGACUUUUCAGUUUUUUCAGCAAUUGAACCAACAGAAUUUCUAGAUAACUUAUUCAAGCUGGAUUCCAAGUACGGCUCCCCAAAACUUGAAGAAUUCGAACAGUUAUUCAAUCGUGAAAUGUGGUGGGUGGCGACAGAGAUUUGCACAGAAAGACAUGUUCAAAAACGUGCAAAACUGAUUAAAAAGUUUAUAAAAGUGGCGAGAUAUUGUCGGGAUCUUCGAAAUUUCAAUUCAAUGUUUGCUAUUAUGAGUGGACUUGAUAAGCCAGCAGUUCGUAGGUUGCAUUCCAGUUGGGAACGGGUUUCGAGUAAAUACAUUCGUAUGCUUGAUGAAAUCCAUCAACUUGUCGAUCCUUCUCGUAAUAUGUCAAAGUAUCGUCAACAUCUUGCUGAAGUCGCCCAAGAACCGCCUGUUGUCCCAAUUUAUCCUGUAAUCAAAAAAGAUCUCACAUUUGCUCACGAUGGUAAUGCAACAUAUUCUGAAAAACUAAUCAAUUUCGAGAAGCUUCGACUUAUUGCAAAAUCAAUUCGAGGUGUAAUGAAAUUGAGUAGUGCACCUUAUGAAAUUGCUAGUAUGGCAGAGAGGAGUGGUGGAGUUGUAAUGGACGCUCUUCUUCAUAUGAAUUCAUUCGAAAAUUCAAAUGUAGCCACAAUGAGGAAGGGAAUGAGUGGAAAACAGAAUCAGCCACGAAAAAAAGUUUAUGAACAAGCUCUUAUGGUACGGAAAGUGAAAUCAUAUCUCGAAGGAUUACAUGUUGUUGAUAAUGAAAUGGAAUUGGAUUCAAUGAGUUAUGACAUUGAACCACAAGUUCAGACAGCUCACCGUGGUGCUAAUUCAUCAUCGACUGCAAAUAUUCGUCGUGUUCCAUCUCCAACUCCAUCGUCACUUUCCUCUCAAUCAGCCGGGUCAGCCGAUCAAUCAUCUCGGCAUCGUCUUCUUUUCAAUGGAACCGGCUCAAUUUCGUCAGCUGGUGGUGGUUCUAAAUUUGGAGUCGAAUCUCCACAAGCUGUACAAAAAAUGCUGUCACUUGUUCAGAAUUCCAAAGUUAAAGGUGCUCCACCUCAAAUCACAUCUCCAUCCACAUCAGCAAGAUCCUCUCUUCAACGGAAUAUGCCACGUGUAACUGGUCGACAAGCGACAUCCUCGGCUCAAGGGCCAGUUCAACUGAAUGAAGAGACGUCUACGGUUACGACAUAUUAUCAAUCAGACGUGCUCAUCUAAAUCACACAACUUCUUCUUCUUCUACUACCUGCAACUGCAAACAUCAACAUCACGGUAUCACCAUCACCCGGUCAGCACCCUGUUCAAACAACUUCUACAGUAUUCUUCUUUCCUUCUGUUUUCACUUCAACUUUUCCCUUGUGAUGUCAUCGUGUCUUUUCUUACUCAGAUAAUGGGCGCCGGCAACGAUCUGGAUCCGAAGGAAGAUUUGAUAAUAUUCCGCCAUCAACCUUCUAUCUAACAUCCGACGGUCUUACUGUAUCACCCAGACAAUCGUUGUCUGUUGUGAUUCCAACACAUCCUCAUGGCCACUCUCCAACAUCGCCACGGUGCCGCUCGCGAUCACCGGCAUCUUCCGGGUGUUCUUCCUUCUCCACCAUUGCCUCAAUCGCCGCUACCUCGAUGGCAGCCGCACCUUCGGCAUUUGUCUCCAAUCCGUACCAACACCACCAAACCGUCCGUGGACAUGUCAUAGGACAUCGUCCAAUGCCAAUCGUCACUAGUGGUUCAGCCACACUCCCGAAUCAUGUUUCUCCACGAGGUUUACCACCGAAAUCUCGUCCUACAAUCCUACCUGGUUCACACACCAAUUCUUCAUCAAGAAUGGGUACUAUCAAAGAAGCUACAUUCCUGACAUCUGAACAAGUAUCGCGAGUUUAAUUUUGCUAUUUUCAAUGUGCCAACUGAAACGCGUGUCAAUAUGGGUCUACUAUUUUUGUGUUAAAUCUACAUGUUAUAUUUUAUCUAUUUGCUCUUACUCUUCAACCUAUAUGUACAAUUUUAGUUCCAACUUGCCAUAUUUUCUUGAUAUUUUCCUUAUUCUUUCUGGCUGUGAUCUACUUAUUGCAUGUUGUUUGAUAUCAUUUGUUUUCCUGUCUAUGAAGAUAUGUGAUUCUUUAUUGUAUGGAAUUCUUAUUGAACUGGAUGGAAAAUUAUCAUGACAAUGAUUAAAAUAUAUACAUGAAGGUUAAUUAGUUAUGA